GCAUCAGUAGUAGUACCGGUAUAGGCACUACUCGCUACACGUCUCUAGACGCGACGCUGCGCGGAAGAGCGGCGAAGCCCCGCCCUGCAUACAAUCGCUUUUUUUGAUCAACGUUGGACAUCUCUCGCGCAAGCGCUCAGCCUGUCGAAUGCAAUAUACGCCAUGCGGCAAGGUAGCGUGGCCUUGGUCGUUCUUGCGUUCUCGCUAGUCUGGGCAGCUCAGCCUCGACAUGGACAAGGCGGAUUUACGCCUCUUUCCAAGCUUCCGGGUCCCGCGACAGCACCAAUGUCAGGACUCGAUGCUGCUCUUGUCAGAAGGCGACCUCUCGGCGAUGAGCUUGAACGAGUGUUCGGUGCAGCACGUCAAGUCACAGCCCACCUGCCCCAUUACAGGGCAGAAGCCAGUCAUAGCCCUCGUCCUGAGCAGCAAGGAGCGCCACAGAUCACCACACAUAGCGGUGACACACUUCAUAGCUUUAACGAUGACCUUCGAGUGCCGAGUCCAAGUCAAUAUCAUGGGAGCAGCGUCGAACACCACAGCUUCACCGACCUGCUCCAGAGUCCGCUAGGUGGAUACCACUGGCACGCCCACGACCUGGCUUUAGGCGCGCUGGAACAUGCAGAACACGACGGUCACCAUCAAAUAUUUGAUCAUGACGCUAUCACGCAUGUGAUUCACAGCCCUGGACGUAUCAGCCACUCACCAGUGUCCUCACCAGGCGCCGCCUCCGCACAACAGACAUCGGCACCGCCCUCAUCCGGUACUCCAGAUGUCGCGUCUCGGGGCGCAUCUAAUACCCAAAGUGCAGCGCGCAGCAAGGGCAGGAUCCCAGCGGGACAACGUGCUUACAAGUACGCCGAUCUCUGGAAGGAAGCAGACGGAGCGUCCUCCACUGACUCUGCGUAUGCACGCAAGCCGCCAAGCGAGCGUACUGUGAGGCGCCAUCGUGCCAUGGAAAGGAAGACAGGCGUUGCGUGGGCGGACAGACCUCGCUACCAGCGUUCACGCCCAGCGCCUUCGCCUGCGAGAAUGAGAUUCAACGAGCUGAUCGAGCAGGCUCGCGGUGACGGUUCAUUGCCGUUCGGAGAUGCCGUCAGGAAGCAUCUCUUCAAGGAGUACGGCAAAGCAGCACUAUCUGUGCGGCCAGAGUACUGGGCAAAAUCAACACCAAGCCAUAGGUCAGCAGAGGAGUUUCUGCGGACAGUAGAGGGAAGACCUACGCAACCUCGAGCGACGUUUGAGCGACAAGAAGAGAUGGUCAAGAAGCUCGAACAGGAGCAUGGACCAGCCAUUCGGCUCAUGGAUCCUACACUCUGGAAGCCGGGCGGUCCAACCAGUUCGGCUAUUUCCAGGGCCAAGAAGCGUUACAUGGAGCGUCAAGAAGCCGGAGAGACUGAUCCCGGUCAGCUUCGCCCGAAAAGGAUAUCGAGAAUGCGACACUCGACGCAAGCCUCGGGUCGAUGAGGGACAGUCCACUCCGUGAAGACUUUGACUGUGG